AUGUCCACCAUGCAAGCCUCCCACGGCCACAACCAGGCCUGCUGCAACAUCCCUCCUGUUGUCUCCAAGGGUUACUCUGCCAAGGGUAGCUACGAGGAGAUUGAUGGCUUCAAGACUUACGUAACAGGCCCCUCCACCGCCAAAAAGGGCAUCCUCGUCAUCUACGACAUCUUCGGCUACUUUGAGCAAACCCUCCAAGGCGCCGACAUCCUCGCCACUUCUUCCUCGGAAGAAUACAAAGUCGUCAUCCCCGACUGGUUCAAAGGCGAGCCCUGCCCCAUCGAGUGGUAUCCCCCCAACACGGAAGAGAAGCAAAAGAACCUUGGCGCCUUCUUCGGCAGGAACCCGCCUCCCGGCGUGGCCGGCAAGCUCCCUGAGUAUGUCAAGGCUCUGAAGGAGAAGACGGGGGUGCAGGAGUGGGCUAUUUUGGGUUUCUGCUGGGGCGGGAAGGUUGUGUCUCUCGUGACGUCUGGGGAUCAGAAUCCUUUUGUUGUCGGCGCAGAGUGCCAUCCUGCUAUGGUUGACCCCAAGGAGGCGGAGGGGAUCAAGAUCCCGCUUAUUUUGCUUGCGUCCAAGGAGGAGCCGGAGGACAAGGUCAAGGAGUUUGAGGAGAAGCUCAAGGUGGCGAAGCAUGUCGAGACGUUCAAGGACCAGAUCCACGGGUGGAUGGCGGCGAGGAGUGAUCUGAGCGAUGCGAGGGUGAAGGAGGAGUAUAUCAGGGGAUAUAAGACGGUGUUGGACUUCUUUGCGAAGAACUGGAAGGCGUGA